UUCACACGGUAUCACUAUUGCAAUUCGCUAUCAUUUUUCAUAACUCAAAAGCAAGGUUGUAUAAAGAAUGUUCAAUAUCUUACUUAUUUUUAUCAUAACGAAUAACAAUUAAAGCCGCGAUUGAUAAUAUACUCUCGUAUUGCCACGCCUCUGUUUUUAUAAGAUUUUAAAUUCAGUUUAUACACCGCCGCGAAAAAGUACAGUCCCGUGUAGUGUUAAGCGGAAUAUUUGUUUAUUUAUUUACGACUUUGUUAAUAUAAGUGUAAUAUUAUGUCUGUGUUAAACAAUUUUACAGUGUCUAUAGCGAAAGGAUUAAGACGUCUUCGUCACAAUAAAGAGUUAUGCGGGCAUGGUUCAAUCAGUCGCAAAGAAAACACUCGUCUCAAAAUGGAAAAAUGUCUCAUAGUGUCAAAAGUUACCAGAUACGAAUAUGAGAGACAUAUGCAUGACAAUAUCGCGGAUUCUGAUCUGGAGGUCAUCCUGCGGAAACGAGGGUCGGACUUCGACUCAAUGAUAGAGACCCACAGACAGCAGAAGGCUUUCGAGGAGAAUGUGGCCAGCAGUUUGAAAAGUAUGGGUCUGCAGGUGGAGAUGGCCAGCCGUUUAACCUACAACGACGAGUUAAUAAAGUGGUGUGACGUAGUGGUGCCGUGCGGCGGUGACGGAACCUUCCUACUGGCAGCAUCAAGGGUCAGAGACGCCACCAAACCCGUUAUAGGCUUCAACAGCGCUCCACACAAAUCUGUCGGUAGGCUGUGUUUACCCACCUGGUGUUCCAACGACGUGAAAGGUGCCUUCACAGCCCUAAAGGAGGGUAGAUUUAGAUGGAUGCGUCGUUCCAGAAUAAGGACAACCAUAACGUCCGAACCUAAACAGCUGGAAACGAUAACACCUGUAGACCUGCACACCAUGAAUUAUUGCAGAUAUCCUCCCGUAACUAAUCCUCACGAUAAUUCUGAUACUACCACAAACUAUAAAGAAGACAGUUGUACGUUAGCGACCAAAGUGUUGCCAUUAUUGGCUUUGAAUGAGGUGUUUAUAGGUGAGAGUGUGACGUCACGCGUGUCCCUCCUCAGACUACAAAUUGACAACGGACAGUGGACACACACCAAGAGCUCGGGGCUUUGUGUCACAACUGGCACGGGGAGUACAUCCUGGCAUUACAGUAUCAACUGUCUCCGGACCCAUUCAGUGCUGGAGCUGAUGCAGAUACUAAAUGAGGAUUUUGAUGUGAAGAUGGAUACAACGUUGGAGAAGGCGAGGGAGGUCGCUGAGAGAUACAACCAGAAAUUAAUGUUCCCGCCAGACUCAGCGUAUUUGGCGUAUUCUGUUCGUGAGUACAUCACGUUUGAGGAGUGGCCAGCGCCGCGCGGCCUCAGGGUGAGGGACAGGGCUGGCUGUGUCAGGGUCAAAUCGCACUGUAGUGAUGCUGGGCUGGUUAUAGAUGGCAGUGUAUCGUUUCCAUUCAACGAUGGGACUAAGGCAUUGCUAGAAGUCUACCCCGAGGAUUCCUUGAUGACAGUACAAAUGGACGACUCCCUGCCUUAUUAAUGAUUCAAAUAAAAUGUUGUCCACAACUCUAACACUCAAACCAGUCCCUUAGAGUGUCCGGCUAUGAGACAUUGUAAUUUAGAAUACUGGAUAAUGUGAAAAUGUUGCUGUCUGUCAUGCGAGUGGUGUGUAUGUUGCUUUUGCUUGGAUAUAACUUAUAACUAUUGAUUUGUUUUAGUAUUUCGGUACUUGUGAUAUGAAAUUAUUGUCAAAACUGUUUUUUUUUUAUUCUUAUAGUUAUCAAAAAUUCUGGCAUGCAAUAAAAUAUUGAAUUCAAUAUAGUCACCUCCGUCUGUCCGUUCUGAUCGGGGAAUCGUUAAGUUUGACUGUAGUUUUUCCUUCAAAAUUACUCGGUUUCAUUUUAGUUGACUUUGUUUCAAGAUUAUGCCUAAGGUUCAUUGCAAUUAAGUUAGUUAGUCAAGACUGAGUUGUUAAGAAAUAAAGUGCUUUGUAUAAUUUUAUGUGAUAAUUGAACAUCACUUUAGUAAAUUAUUAUUAUAAUAUUAAUUAUGUACUUAUUGUUAUUAUAUAAUUGUUUAUCUUAUACAAUACAAGUUAUACUUCUGGA